AUUGGCAUCGGGGAGGGAGGGAAGCCAGCCUCUGGGCGCGGCCUGCAGGGGGCAGAAGACCGCCCGGGGACGCGGGGGCAGCACCAAGCCGGUGUCCGCCCGGCAGCCGCCCGCAGCUGCAGAGAGCCCGCGCCGCGCCUCCGCCCGGUGCGCCCUGCUCGGCCCGCGGACCCCGCGCUGCGCCCCGCCGCCGGCAUGUGCGCCGCCCAGAUGCCACCCCUGGCGCACAUCUUCCGAGGGACGUUCGUCCACUCCACCUGGACCUGCCCCAUGGAGGUGCUGCGGGAUCACCUGCUGGGCGUGAGCGACAGCGGCAAAAUAGUGUUUUUAGAAGAAGCAUCUCAACAUGAAAAACUGGCCAAAGAAUGGAGCUUCAAGCCAUGUGAAAUAAGAGAACUCAGCCACCAUGAGUUCUUCAUGCCUGGACUGGUCGAUACGCACAUCCAUGCUCCUCAGUAUUACUUUGCUGGAAGUAAUGUAGACCUGCCACUUUUGGAGUGGCUGACCAAAUACACAUUUCCCGUAGAACAGAGAUUCCAGAGCACCGACUUUGCUGAAGAAGUGUAUACUAGAGUUGUCAGGAGAACACUAAAGAAUGGAACAACCACAGCUUGUUACUUUGGAACAAUUCACACUGACUCAUCUCUGCUCCUUGCUGAAAUUACAGAUAAAUUUGGACAGCGAGCCUUUGUGGGCAAAGUGUGCAUGGAUUUGAACGACACUGUGCCAGAGUACAAAGAGAGCACCGAGGAGUCGGUCAAGGAAACGGAGAGAUUUGUGUCAGAAAUGCUUCAAAAGAAUUAUUCUAGAGUGAAGCCCAUCGUGACACCACGUUUUUCCCUUUCCUGCUCUGAGACUUUGAUGGGUGAACUGGGCAACAUCGCUAAGACCCAUGAUUUGCACAUUCAGAGCCAUAUAAGUGAAAAUCGUGAUGAAAUUGAAGCUGUGAAAAAGUUAUAUCCCAGUUAUAAAAACUACACAGAUGUGUAUGAUAAAAACAAUCUUCUCACAAAUAAGACGGUGAUGGCACAUGGCUGCUAUCUUUCUGCAGAAGAACUUAACGUGUUCCACGAACGAGGAGCAUCCAUCUCACAUUGCCCCAAUUCUAAUUUGUCGCUCAGCAGUGGCCUUCUAAAUGUGCUAGAAGUCCUGAAACAUGAAGUGAAGAUAGGGCUGGGGACAGAUGUGGCUGGUGGUUAUUCAUAUUCCAUGCUUGAUGCGAUCAGAAGAGCAGUGAUGGUUUCCAAUAUCUUUUUAAUUAAUAAGGUAAAUGAUAAAAGCCUCACCAUCAAAGAAGUCUUCAGACUAGCUACUCUUGGAGGAAGCCAAGCCCUGGGGCUGGAUAGUGAAAUUGGAAACUUUGAAGUGGGAAAGGAAUUUGAUGCCCUUCUGAUCAACCCCAAAGCAUCCGACUCUCCCAUUGACCUGUUUUAUGGGGAUUUUGUUGGUGAUAUUUCUGAGGCCGUCAUCCAGAAGUUCCUUUAUCUAGGAGACGACCGAAAUAUCGAGGAGGUUUAUGUGGGCGGAAAGCAGGUGGUUCCAUUUUCCAGUUCAGUGUAAGACCCUCGGGCAGCUGCGAAGUUCUCCUGGGAUAUGUGAUUCUGCAUCUCCCUUGCGCCCAGGUGGAGUUAGAAAGUGACAAAAUAGUACCUUGUUCUUGGGAUGACUAUCUCUUUCUGUGUCUAGUUACAGUACUCACUUGACAAAUUGUUUGGAGGAAGUUGCACUAAUUCUCAACUCUGGUUGGCAGGGUUCGUAAUUUCGUGAAAAUGUCUCCCUUUUGAGCUGCUCAGAUUUACUUUAAGCUCAAACAGAAGGGAACGUUAUUGCUGGUGGUGGUUUUGUUAUGAGAUUUAAGUCAAAUCUUUUUCAUAUUUGGAAAUGUGGAAAGAAAAGAUAUUUCUAUACGGUUAGGUAUUUUGAGCUAAUAAAUGCGAAAAUUAGAAAACUGAAAAUGAACCAGUGAGUAUAUUUUUAUGAGAGAACAAAAGUUAGUCUGUGCGCAAAUGUUGGAAAAUCACUUCAGAAUGUGUUUGAAAAUUAUAUACUGAGCAUACUAAUUUAAAAAGAGAAUGUGUUGAAUUUUAAAAUGUGUUUCUGGAUUGACCUUGUGUUUUGGAAAUUUGCACUUAAUGGAAUUUGCACUUCAGAGAUAUGUUAUUGUUGUGCUUGCCUUCCUUGGGGAUGAAUGUCAGAAAUUGAAUGCUACGUGCUUUCUUAAUAUAGUUUUGUGCUUCAAAGUGUUUGACAGAAGUUGGGUAUUAAAGACUUAAGUCUCUUAGGAACAUUAUUCAUAUAACUACAUGGCAUAAAUAGUUGUAUUUUUGUGUACUUUAAAAUCAUCUUCAUUUAUAACUGUGUGAUGUUAUAAUUGCUUCCAUUUUAUUAGAAGAGAAACAAAUUCCACACUCCAGUGUUGUAUAGGCUGGAGUCUUCAUAAAUUGGGGCAAGUACCGAGCAUUUAGGAGCUGCUAAUGCUAACAGGAAGGGUCCCAUUACAAUGGCCUAGUCUACCCAAACACUAUGCCAUAGUUGCUGGAAAUUUCGUACUCAGAUAUCAAUUUACUAGAAUUUCAAAAUGGAAGGAUAAAUCCUGUUAAGGAAAUAUUAUGAAAAAUCUUUAAACCUUGUAUAUUUAAAGCACUCUAUUUUCUAAUUUUAUCCAGUUGUCUAUUUCCUUAUAAUUUUCAGGACGUUAGAAUUUUAGGAUCAUGCGAAAUACAUAGAUACCCCACUUAAUGUUUGUUGUAUUAAUAGGACUUAAGCUAUAUUAGACAUCUAGGAAUUAAAGCAAAGAAUAUUUUUAUUUUUCCUGACUAAUAUAAUAUUGUUUCUCAUAACCUAGAAUUAAAACCAAAUUAUGGCCUUUUGAUAAAUCCUUAAGAAGUAUCGAUAUGAAUGUUACUUAAAUCCUAUAUUUUUCUUAUUUAAUUCCAAAUACUAUAAACAAAGAAAAGGAAUUGACUUUCUUAAUAUAUUAUUCCUAGAGCUUAGAUGGGACUCCUUAAUUUUACCUUAUAGUAGAAGACUUUAUACAAUAUAGCUAACUCCACAUUUACAGAACUAGAACACAAUUCUUCCUUCUGUAGUAUUAAUUUUAUUUUCACAUAUUCAUGCUAAUUCAGCCCCAGUGUUUUGUUUUUGUGCCUGGUAGAAACACUUUUAGAUGUGAUUGUGUACACACUAUAUCUAAAGAUAGAACAAAAUUUUGGUCUUAUAUUUUUUAAAAAAUAGCAGAAUUUGUUUUGUGGGAUAUUAAGUAACUCAGUAAAUCCAGUUUUCAGUCUCAGUCUGUAUUUCCAGUAUUUCUAAUUCCUGAACCAUGUCAAAGAUGCCCUACCAAAUUUCUCCCCAUUUCUGUACAGUGCUAGCAGGCGUUUUCUGCUCUCUCUCUCUCUCAACCUCUGCCGAAGAAACUUGGCUACAUUGCAUCGUGUCCAACCAAAUGAGUAGGCUUAGGACUUGAGAUGAGAUAUGUAAGAUCCUCUGAUAGGCAGCAGUUGCUUUCAGCCUUUGCAAGACCCUACACUUUUACCUUCCUUAAGGGUGUAUAUUUUGAUGUUGAACAUCAGUUUUCAUUUAGAUUUAAGAUUCACAUGCAGUAAAUAUAAAGAAAUACAGCAUCACAAGCAGGAAGAAUGGCCAUAUAUAACCAUUCUGUCAAAUGUUAAAUUUAUCACCGGUGGUGUGUUAAAGGCCUGACUAUCUUUUCUGGUAAAAGUAGAAUGUGUUGAAAUGUUUACAUGUACUUUGAUCUCUCUGUAUCACUUAGAACUUAUGUGUUUUAUUUUUCCCCAAGUGCAGUGUUCUUGAAUGUUACUAAUUUUUUUCCAGUACCACAGGCAUUAGCCAUAACCAUGGCCAGAUUUUCUGCACUUUGAAAUGUUGCCUUUGCCUGAUGUAGUUUGACUUUCUCUGGAGAGUCACAAUCCCAAGCCAAUCCUAUCUGUCACUUUGUGUUUGAAUAUUUUGCUCUCUGACAGGAAAGAAAGAAUUAAAAAGUCUUACCUGCCUCCUCACCCCACCCUCCAACAUUUGCCUCAUGUUCUAUGGCAUUUUCAACCCAAUACACUUUUAAAAGGUAAAAAAGUAUUCGAAAACAUCAACUAUCAUAAUUUUACAAAAUAGUUUUGCAACCAAAAUGCAAAAGUAGGCUAAUCAGCUAGGGUGAAUUUCAUUUUCAAGCAAGACGGAAACACGGGCAAUAGAAGAUUAGGACGGGAAGGUUGUCCUAAACUGGGACCCAGGAGACCACUUCCUUAUUUAUCGUCUCAGCUUCUUUUCUAGUUGAAUUGUCAAAGGUUUUAGACUCCAAGCGGGUAUCUUGGAACAAGCUUGUCUUCGUGCUAGAGGGAAGUCUUCCAGGUUAAUGUGAGCAUUGAAUCCCACUGAAUCUCUUUUUUACUUCAGUGAGAAUUCUACCUGUUAAAGGAAAGAAAAUGGUUGGAAACUCCCCGUUUUGCUUGGCGGACUUUGAAGUGUGCCCUUGAAUAUCCCCGUUGGCAACUGCAGCUGAGAUCUUAGAAAGGAAACAUAAUGGGUGUGAGAUCUAGCAAUGUAAUUUCAAUCUUCACUCCCUACCAGCCUCUCCCUAUUUUAAAUCUUUUCACCUCAGAACCAGACAUAUGGAAAGCUUUCAAGGCAAGCUAGGAGGAGCAAUGUAUCCGCUCUACCUUGUGCUGUAUGUGGGAGAGAUCUUGGAUGCUUCCAGAGCCUGCUGGACAUCUUUUCAUUGUUAUCCAUUUUUAAAGUUGAGGAUGAUGCAGGAAACAGUCACAUGUUUUUAUAAAAAGUGUUCUUAGUUAUUAAAAGGUGGACUAAGAUGUAUGCCAUGGGCAGUGACUUGAGAUUAUUUUCAAAUUGUGUAGAUUGUUAUACAUUUUUGAAGAUUUUUUUUUUUUUAGGCUUAAAGAUGAUAUUUACAAUCCCAGACUUGUUAGCCACUUUGGGUAUGACUGUGGACCUCACGCUUUCUAAUGUCACUAAAGGAGAAGUAUGGAGAGACGUGCACAGAUGAAAGGAAAACCUCAACACGGGUCCCCAUGCAUGUUUUCAUGUGUGGCCUCACCUCUCUUUUCCUCCCACAACCCUGAGUGCAUGAGGUCGAGAGUUAGUUUGUGGAUCUAGUCCAAAUUUAGUGAAAUGCAAACACCAAUGGGGUCAAUGAUGAAAUUAAAUAUAAAUUUCAAGAUCACUUUCAUAGUCCACAGGGUGCAAGUGACUAGGGGCAGGUAUUAUUCUUAGCUCAGCUGAUAUGUGAUGGUGAAUUACUUGUCCAUUUCCUACUCAAAAGCCUGUCAGAAAGCAUUCUUUAGAGAAAACCACCUUACCUUGUUAAACUCCAGAUUGCUGCCCUUAAGAAUAUAUAUGUAUGUAUUCAUGGGGACAUUUUUUUCUCAAUAUUUGUAUGACUUGCUUAUUGUUAUUGUGCUAAGCGAGCUCCUUUGUGCUUCAGACAAAAAUAAAUGAGAUUUUGUGUUUACGUUA